AUGGGCCCACAACUUGAAGGCGCUAAGAAAUUGGAGGAAGCACAAAUGGAGUAUUUGCUGAGGACGGGUGUUUCUGCGGACAAAAUGUUUAAGGAUAUGGGACUUGAUACAGUUACAAGUGGUAUUCUUACUCAUCCACUCUUUAAUUAUUGGUAUACUUACUUCGAAAGGAUCAAUGUGGAAUACAACAAAAAUAACAAGGUCAUCGAAUUUUUGAUGGAAAAGGCCCCUGAUAAAAGGAUAGACCCUGAGGUGUUUUUGAAGGAUGAGGUGGAAAAGGCAAAGUUUGUUAAAAGAAGCGAUGUUGAUGAUCUGUUUAUGGAGCUAAGAUUGGAUAAGGUAACAAAUGGCCUGUUUACUAAUAAGCUCUUUAUUUUCUGGCGUACCUGCUUGGAAAAGUUUGAGGCGGCACAUCCCGAAGAGCCCCAAACGAGUGUCUUCCAUUUAUUGCGAACCGUUUAUGAUGACAAAGGCUUAGCCAGCCUACUGAAAGCUGAGCGACAGAUCAAAAAGUCCGAAAACUUUGCUAAAACUUUGGAGAAAAAGCUAUGCGGAACCUGGGUGAAAGAUGGAAAGUCAUUAGACGACGUGUUCGAGCUUCUUGACCUCAAAGCUGCAGGCUACAAAUUGUUGGAUGACCCUUCGAUGGAUACAUUUGUCACGUUCACGCACGUUGUCAACGAUAUUAAAAAAACACAUACAGGGACGAAGGAGGCGGCUUUCGAGGAGAACGAGAUUCUUCGAGGAAUAAAAUUUGCAUCGAGUACAGGAGGGUUGCGGUCUACGAAAUCGGAGAACGCUCUCUUCCAACUUUGGUUCACCCAAAAAAGAAGUCCAAAUGAGAUCUUCAUGAUGUUUUUUGGUAAAGACAAUCUGGAUAAAAUUUUGAAAGACGAGGGAAACUUGUUUGAAAUCCCUCUUUUUAUCACAUUUAUGAAGUACGCGGACGCUUAUCCCAGAACAAAAAGACUUGCAACAGAGGAAGAGUAUGAAAAAGUCGUAACAGACAUCGAAAGACGGCCGUGGAAAACUGACCCAGCAACUAUGGUAGAUUACGUUGAUCGUAACACCAACGUGGCAUUUAUGUUACAGGGUCAAUUCGAAGAUAAGCUGGAAACACUAGGCGAAAUGAUUUUGUCCGCGAAAAAGUUGAAGGAGAGCAAGUCCGCGGUGUAUGCUGCUCAACGCGUGGAGGACGAGAUGUUUCGAUUCUGGAACAUUAACCGUGGGGUCACGCCGGAUUACCUUUUUGAGGCUCUAAAACUGGAUGCCGAUAUGACGCCUGAAAAGCUGUUCGAAAUUCCUUUGUUUGGUUGGUGGAUAGAUUAUAUGGACGUCUUUUUAAGACAAAUCAAGCCUACUGAUCACGCAGGUGAAACCUUGAUGGAAGUAUUCAAGCCUCCAAUUAACCUUGUUUGGCUUAGGUAUGCGCGAAAAACAGAAGGGACGCGUGAGUUAGCUAACAAGGUGUGGAAGGAGCUGUUGAAGCAACAUGAAUACAACGAUACCAGCCCAGAGAAAGUCAAGCAAAAUCUGAUGCUUUUAUCUUACGGAGACGACAAGUUGGUCUUUGAAGACUACACAAAAACUUACACCAAAAGAGGAAAUGACGUUAAAAAGGAAAAGGAAGUAAAAGGUCGAAUAGAAGAAGCAGAGGAGGAGAAGAGAAUGCGGGAAGCAGAGUAA